CACAACAAGUGCGUGUUGUAAAUUCUCUCGGGUCAAGAGUGGAGGAAUAAGUGAAUUAUAAUUAAAAAAAAGAUAUCACUAUAUUGUGCAUUAGGUCCUUUCGCACCUUCUGCCAUAUCACUGUCUCUGGAAUACCCUCCUCGUCUAGCGUUUAGCGUCUAGGUCUAAUUACAUCAACUUCCACCGCUAUCGACAUCGACACCACCGCCACAAUUCCACAAUUUUUGCAUAGUCUUAUGAUAAUUAAUAUCGAAUAAAAAGUGCGUGAAUGUGAAUGUCAAUGUGAAUGUGACUAAGUGAAGCAACAAUAACAAACAAGGGCAAUUGAUGAUGAUGGUGGAAGAAUUGAUGCAAAUCGGAUCCGGAAGUGAAUGCCCCAACGGUUCAACCAAUUAAAAGGCAAUUUGCUUGCAAAACAAAUCAAACUCAAAGAAAAUCUUUGAGUAGUAAAAUAUUUUUUUAAAUUUAAGAAAAAGAAAAGGAUAAAUUAACAACGCCAUUGCGUCGUGCGUCGCGUGUCGGUAGGCGUAAGAUUCACGUAACUACCUACCUACCGUUUUUCCCGGGAAAUUUUCGAGUCGUUUUUAGGUUUGUGCGAAAUCGGUCGUUUUUACAUUCGAAAUAUAUUUUUUGGUUUUCAAGUGAAUGCAUUCGUUUUUGUUCGAAAGAGGUGCAUUGAAAUUGUGAGAAUUAGUAAUCCAAUUAGCUACCUAUUGAUUUUGAAGUUUAACCAAGUUCGUUAGGCAUGGUUUUUGAGUUUUUUUUAAUCAAAUAAAAAUCAAAUGAAAUUUGUGAAGUGAAUAUUGAUGAAGUGUUUUUUGGUGAUUUGUUUAAUUAAAUUCGAGUGAACGCGUUAUUUUUAGCGAAUUUGUAGAAUAUUUUUGUACAGUGGAAUCAAAUUUUCAAUCAUUUAAAACUUUAGUUAUUUUUUGUCGAUUGUCAAUUGACUUUUUGUCGUUGUCGUUUUUAGAAAACUCGUAAUGUCAUACAUUCAACAAUUUAGCAUGGAUACCAUUUGGAUAAUUGUAGUUUUUAUGGGAUUAAUUUAUUUACAGCCAACAAAUGGACAAUCUGAAUUUGAUGUGCAACUUGUUAUGCAGAAGUACGCGGAGAAAGGUUCCAGUGUUACGUUACAAUGCAAACAUAACGUAAGGCCGGACAUUCUAUUCAAGGUGACUUGGCUGAAAGCUGACACGGGGAAAUUUUUUGAAUACAUCAACGGAAGGAAUCCACCGUUUCGAAAUUCCAGCGUGGAGGGUGGCGAAAUUGACUUUGAAAACUCUAACGAGACACAAGUGACAUUGAAAAAACUGAACUUUGAUGCGUCGGGACAUUAUUACUGUGAAGUUUCAACGGACACACCAAUUUUUACUAAAGCAUCAUCCGAUGAAUAUUUAAACGUGUUCAUUCCCCAGACAGGACCACCGACGAUAAAAUUUCGCAAAAGGACCCCAUUCAUUAUAGGCGAACGUAUAUUAGCCAUGUGUAAUACAACCAGAGCACAUCCCGCUCCGCACAUAACUUGGUUAAUUAAUGGCAAAAAGGUCGAUGAAAAAUAUGUACGAACACAUCAUGUCUAUUCGAUGAGUGGCAAAAAUAACCAUCGGAAGAGUCAACAGCAACACCAACAACAACUACAACAACAAUAUUAUCAACACGAAUAUCACCAUCCUCAACAAUACCAUCUACCAGGAGUUGAUAGAUACGACAAGAGCCUGAGAAUCGCAUCGGGUGGCAGCAACUGGAGAGAAGACCUCAUCGCCCAUUCUAAUCAUCAUGGCCAACAUCAUUCAGCAAAUGUCCAUAACAAUCCUUUCGGCUCUUUGACAAGCAUUCAUAAAAUGAAUCACAAUAAUUUUGACAAUAAAUAUUUAGAGACAAGGAAACACAGAAACUCAUCAAACCGUAAAUAUAGGAGAAGUAGUGGAGCUAACCUACUAGCUUUAAGGAGCAACAGUGGUUUGGCUGGCUCGAGUUCUGGUGCUAUGGCCAGUAUUUACAAUGCACUUGCAGGCAGUGGUGACUUCCCAUUACGUUCGACCCCAAUUACACCAUCGGCUACAUCCAAUCUAAUGGCAAUGGGUAUGUUUUCCAUUAGCCAGUUGAAUAUGGAAUUAGGGGAACAGCAUAUUGGGAGCAAUGGUCGUCUGGAAAUAACGUGUCUGGCGACAAUACCGACACAAGUCGGCCUUGGCGAACAAUAUGCCGAUUACAAAACGUACUCGGUUAAAGUGGACGUCGAAAGGCCACCAGAGACUGCUUCAGAAACAACACCGCCCAGCAUCGGAAUGGCCGCACUAGGGAAUGGUUCCUUCGCUUCAAGCAUACACAUAUGGCCAGUGACAACACUCUUAUCUUGUUUAAUCUUUUUAAGAAUUUAAAUUACUGUCAAUCAUUUUUUAAAAACUUAUUUUUAAGCAUAUUUAUACAUACAUUUUUAGUUAAUAGAUUUUUAUUCGAUCAAACAACGUACCUACCAAAUUAUGAUAAAGAAAAACAAAAUAAAAGUACUAAAAACAAAUUGAUGAAACAAAAAUUUUGAUAUUAUUUUUUAUUGUAAAGAUAAAGGAGAGUUUGUAAUAAUUAAAAAUAUCAAAAAACAAAAACUUAAAAAAUGAAUGUCAAACAAUUAUUGUGCGUUAAGGUUUAAGUUGUGUAAAAACAAUAAAACCCAAACAAAAAAACAAAACUCUUCAACCACAAUAAAUUAAUGAUUAAAUAUUAAGAUAUUUUUGUUAAAGUGAACAAAAUACAAUAAUUUUUUAAUGUAAAAGAAAUGAACAAACUUUUUUGUAUAAAAUAAUUUUCAUAAGAAAAUAAAUGAAAAAUGGGACAAAAAAAAUAAAAACAUAAUGAGAAAUUGUGUUAGAAUAAAAUAAAAUAAAUCCAUUAACUGAAAUCUAUUAACAAAAGCUCAUAAAAUAGAAGACAUUCAGUAAAAAAAGUAUCUAAUGAUUAGGAGAUUGUAUAAUUUUUUUUUAAUUUAAAAAUGGGGAACAUUGUUUUAUUUUUAUUGUAAUAUUUAAUUGUAUAUUUCUCUUUGUACAUUUGAAAGAAAUUUCGAAGUGAAACUAUUUUUUGUAAGAAUAAAAGAAAAUAAAACAAAAUAAUUAUAAUUGUAGGAAAAAAGGAAAACUAUUUUAAAGAUAUAUAAAAAUAAAACACUAAUAAAAAAAAAAAAAAAAACAAAGACCGUUGUAAGAAAAUCAGUAGAUAGAGGAUUUGUUUUAAAUCAAUUAAGAGGUUUUGCUUAUUGGUCUUUCAUUUAAACGACCAUCUUAAUUAUGAGACUUAAGUUUGGUUACAAUUAUUUAAAGUUGUUAAAAUUCAAUCUUAUUAAGUUUUUCUAAAUACUACUUUUGAAGUAGUUAACUUAACUUUUUUUUAAUAAAAUGUGUUUUGCUAUAAUUUGAAUCCUUAGAAUAUUACAGAUAGGUACACUUUUUAAAUUUUAUAAAUCUUAAAUAGUGACAAUCUUAUUAUUAAUAUACAUUUUUCAAAUUCAAGUUGGCAAAAAGUAUACCAAAAAUCUCCAAUUCCGAAAAAUUGUUAGCAAAUGUCAAUUCUAAAAAUGUAAAUUCUAUAGUUCUUUUUCAGUGAGACAGAAUUUUCGAUGCAAUUAGAUUAAUAUUGCAUUUGAAUUUAUGAAGAACAAAUCAGUGAAAUGAAUUGGAAAAUCUGACAAUAUUAUUUUGUUUCAAAAUAUUAACAGAAAAGAUUUGUACUAAGUUUAUAUUUGCAGAGCGUGUCAACGGUUUCCUGUUUUGUGAUGUCUGAAAUCUAAAAAUAAUGCCGAAAGUGUUUUUCCAUUUUAAAAAUAAUUUGUAUAUAUUUUUGUUUUUCAUUUAAAUAAGCUUUUUUCGGAUUUUAUUUGAAUAUCUCUUUCA